AUGUCUUCCUACGAUGACCGCACCAUCACGGUCUACCUCAAGUCGGGCAGCGUGACCCACAACCUCGGCCGCAUGAAGUACCGUACGGCCAUGCGCAUGUCGCCCGUCGUGCGUGACCAGAUCACCAACGGCGGCUGCAAGGAGAUGAGCGAUCCCGUCGGCGUCGUCUUUCACUCCCCGUACGUCGACGCCACCUCGAUGCGUGCGGUCAUGCGCUGGAUGGAUGGCUACAACACGUACGCUAAGCCAGAGGGCCAGGAGAUCACCCAGGCUCACGUCGGGUCUGAGGAGUUCCCUGCCGUGAUUCGGGUCUACGCCGCUGCUCGUGAGAUGGGUAUCGCUGCUGGCAUCCGUGGGAAUGCGAUCCGCGAUGAUAUCCUGCACUACAUCCGCAUGUCGCCUCUCACGCUCAACGAGUUCAUCAUGAUCCACGAGUGUGCCGCCUUCGACCAGUACAUCCUCUCCUCGGCCAUGAACUGCCUCAUCAACUUCAACAUGGGUCGAAACAAGCCGCCAGACAUGGGGCAGAUCAUGCAGUAUUGCCGGUGGGCUAAAAUCCAUGGGAAGAUGGCGGACGUUAAGGCCCAUAUUGUCGCCAAGCGUCAAGAGAGGCGGGAGAGGGAGGUAGCGAAGGGUAUGGAGGGAAUCUGA